CUAUCUAUUACUGAUUUUUGAAGAGCUUUUUUCCGUUUUUUUUUUUCCCCUCGGUCCAUUCAUCAUUCAAAAUGAUGAGUAGAAACCAAGAAAAGCUGGCAGAUGAAGUGACGAAAAGGAUAUGCAACUUCGUGCCUCAAUCAUCCCCUCCCAGCCGCCCCCCAAAGUUUUCAGUUUCCCUUCCCUUAGAAUGAUGUCUUUAUAUUCGGGCUGUGACCGGCCAAGUGUCUGGUCGGGCAGGUGUCCGAUUCACAUGCACGUCCGGGAUGUGUCCCGAGCCGUCUCACCGAGGCUGAGACAGGGAAGCAGACUCUCCUGCACCCUCUGGCCAGCCCCGCGGAGAACCAGGGCUCAGGCGGCGCGCACACCGCAGGGACCCACCGGGAACCCAGCGUCCCCGCAGCCCCGCACGCGUUGGCGCCAAAACGAAGCCUCCGGGCCCGUCCCCUGCCGGAACUAUGCCUCACGUAAGCCACGUAAUCAAUGACCCUGCGCCUCGCUAAGUAGUCCCCGUCCAGGAUGCCCUCGGCACUGGCUUUCCGAGCUCCAGAGGUCCUCAGGAGGAAGACACCGGCCUCAGAGAGGGAUUGGCUUGAGACCGAGGCAGACCUUACUGAAAUUGGUCAUUUUGAGCUCAUCAAAGGCUGAGUCAUUGAGGAGUCUACACACCCUGUACUGAAACGAUUAUGCCUUAAUUCAUCCAAUCCAGUCGUGUGCUACAGCUACCUGGAUACCGUGGUUCCUAUGCAUAAAGAUGUCUCUGGUGGAUCUGGGGAAGAGGCUGCUAGAAGCUGCAAGGAAAGGCCAGGAUGAUGAAGUGAGGACGCUGAUGGCGAACGGGGCCCCGUUCACCACCGACUGGCUUGGAACGUCGCCUCUUCACCUUGCGGCCCAGUAUGGUCAUUACUCCACAGCAGAAGUGCUCCUGCGAGCAGGCGUUAGCAGGGACGCCCGGACCAAAGUGGACAGGACGCCUUUGCAUAUGGCUGCAGCUGAUGGGCAUGCGCACAUCGUGGAGCUGCUUGUUAGGAGCGGUGCGGAUGUGAAUGCCAAGGACAUGCUGAAGAUGACGGCCUUGCACUGGGCCACAGAGCACCACCACCGGGACGUGGUUGAAUUACUUAUCAAAUAUGGAGCUGAUGUCCACGCUUUUAGCAAAUUUGAUAAGUCUGCCUUUGACAUAGCACUGGAGAAAAACAAUCCUGAGAUUCUGGUCAUCCUUCAGGAAGCGAUGCAGAAUCAGGUGAACGUUGCCCCCGAGAGAGCCAACCCGGUGACUAACCCUGUGACUGUGACUGCCCCCUUCAUCUUCACCUCUGGAGAGGUCGUGAACCUCGCUAGCUUUGUUUCUUCAGCCAACACCAAAGCAACCUCAGCUAAUUUAGAGGAAAUCGAAGAAGGAAAUUCACUUGACUCCUCGAUCCAGCAAGUGGUGGGAAGUGGAGGCCAGAGGGUCAUCACCAUAGUGACUGAUGGAGUCCCUCUGGGUAAUAUUCAAACCUCAAUCCCUGCCGGAGGCAUCGGCCAGCCCUUCAUUGUAACUAUGCAAGACGGACAGCAAGUUCUGACAGUGCCUGCUGGUCAGGUUGCAGAGGAGACAAUAAUUGAAGAGGAAGAAGAGGAAGAAGAGAAGUUGCCACUGGCCAAGAGACCAAGGAUGGCAGAGAUGACAGACAGUGUUGAGGAAAGCAAGGAAGGCAGUGAGCGAGAGCUGCUGCAGCAGCAGCUCCAGGAGGCCAACCGAAGAGCCCAGGAAUACAGACACCAGCUUCUCAAGAAAGAGCAGGAGGCAGAGCAGUACCGACUGAAGCUGGAGGCUAUGGCCCGGCAGCAGCAGCCGCUCAACGGAGUCGAUUUCACGGUGGUGGAGGAGGUAGCGGAAGUGGAUGCUGUAGUAGUGACAGAAGGGGAAGUGGAAGAGAGAGCGGCGGAAGUGAGGAAGUCGGGAAGGACCACUGAGCCUCACACUAGUGUUUCCAUAGAAACUGUUCCAUCCUAACACACAAAGGCCACAACUUGCACUCAUUCAUCUUAUCCUUUUUAAGAAGAAAAUACAGAGGGCAAGCAUUGUGUACAAAUUAAGACUGUCCUUAAGAAGGUAACAAUAGCAGGGCUCAGUGCCUGGGCCCAGAAAGGCUGUGUGUGCAGCUGGAAAACUCAGAGCCACCUUAGGGAUCUAAGGGACCAAAGGACCAGGACCAAAACUCUCAAGUCACAUCAUUGCUUUAAACAGAGUACUGGGCAUUGCGGGUUGAUUUUUUUUUUUUUUAUACUUAACUUUAUAUCAAAAGAUUUUAAAAUAAUACUUGUAAUACAUAUACACCAAGAGCCUUUAAUAAUUAUAACUGAGAUUUUCAAGUGACCUGAAAUUUGCCUUAGAUUUAUGAAACUAAUAGGGUUGUAGGAAGCCUCCUUGAGGAGGAGUAAAAGAUACCCUACAUUCCUUUCUUUCCUUUCCUUUUUUUUGGGGGGGAGUGGGGGGCACGGCAGGGGGAGGUUUGAGGUAGGGUUUCACUGUGUAGCCCUGGCUGUCCUGGAACCCACUCUGUAGACCAGGCUGGCCUCAAGCUCACAGAUCCACCUGCCUCUGCUUCCCCAGUGCUGGGAUUAAAGGCCACUACUGCCUGACGAAAUAUACCAUACAUUGCUAAGAGCAGGCCCACAGGCUGUCCUGGUUAAGUCACUGAAAAGGAAUCUAAGCGGGAAUGGUAGGACAUACCUGUAAUGCCAGCACUCAGGACGCUGAGACAAAGCUAAUAAGUGUGAGGUCAGCAUGAGCUAAAGAGACUCCUUCAGUGAAAGAGGGCCAGGUGUGGUGAACACCUUCAAUCCCGUCACUCAGGAAGUACAGACAGUCGGUCUCUGUGAGUUCUAGGCCAGUCUGGUCCAUAUAUCAAGUUUCAGGUCAGCCAAGGCUACAUAGUGAGAACUCAUCUCCAGAUAAAACAAAGCAAAACAACAUGCGAGAGGAGAGCAGCUCAGCAGUUAGGAGAACCUGAGUUCCGCUCCCGGCACCAUAUCAGGCUGCUCACAACUACGUGUAGUUCCGCUGCAGGGGAUCAAAUCCCCCUUUCUGGCCUCUGUGAGCACCCACACAUAUACAUAUAAAUAAAAAUGGAAAAGUUAAGUAAGUUAGUUAAUGCCGAGGUUCACGCUUUGGGAACAUAGGGCAGGAAGAUUGCCUUGAGUUUGAAGCCAGCUUGAGCUCCAUAGUGACUUAGUUCACAAGGGUGGUGGGGUAUACCUCUGCCAGCAGCACUGAGGUGGUAGAGGAAGGUGCAUCUCUGUGAGUUUGAGGCCAGCCUAGUCUGCAGAGAGAGUUCUGGGAUAGCCAGGGCUACAUUCAGAGACCCUGCCUUAAAAAGAAAGUAAGUUAGCAAAGAGAAUCUGACUUGUGAUUGCCUGAUAAAUUGUAUGUUCAUAGCUUAGAAACCAGUUUAAAGAGGCAAGGUUCAACCAGGCAUGGUGGUGCACACUUGUAAUCCCAGCACUUGGGAGGCUGAGACAGGAGGAUCACUGCGAGUUCAAGGCCAGCUUUGGCUACAGUAAGAUUUUUCUAAACAAAACAAAACAAAAAAACACAACAAAAACUCUGACUGGCCAGACCUGGUGACCUCUCCUCCCUGUACUCAGGAGGCAGAGGCAGGUAGGUUUUGGGAAUUCUAACUAGCCUGGCCCACAUAGGGAGUCCCAGCCAGGGCUACACAGACCCUAACUAACAACAGCAAAAAAAUCUGAGGGCGUAGCUCAGGGUAGAACAUGGUGCUUAGCGUGCCCGGAAGCCCUGGGUUCCUCCUCGGCACCCUAUGUACACAACAGAAUGGAGCAGGAGAGCACGGGAAAAGAGUUGACUUUUAAAUGCUGGGAAAAUCGACUUAUGUGGGGGAGUGUACAUGUAGAACCUGUGUCCUCCAGGCUGCGUUUCCUGAGAUGGGGCUGUGGCCAGAACAAGGCUUCUGAGCUCUGAAACUGGUCCUGAGAUGGAACCUGUACUGACUGGACUUUGUAAGACUUCAAUCAGGAGGUCAUUUAUUGUCAAAGCAUAUUGCUUCCAAACACCUGUUUAUAUAAAAUCAAGCUCGAACUCUUUGAAUUCUAUACAAUGUGAUUGGACAUUCUAUGUCACAAAGGACAUUGGUGCUUUCCUAUAGCACUUACUUUCUAUGGCCAAAAAAAGGAGUGUGGCAAAGAUGCAGGCCAACGCUGUGUGGGCUUGUUUCUGUUUGAUUUUGGAUGGGUCCGUUGCUGCUUUUGUUAGUGUGGCCAGCAGAGCUCUGUGCCUUACAGUGUUCAGGACAGGUGACGGGGGUGCAGGUGUCACUGCCACAGAGCAAGGAGCCACACCCAGGCUCUUGCUGACCUCUCUCUCUUACUCUCUGCUCAAACACUUCUGCAAAGAUUUUCAGUGCUGGGUUGUUGCUGAGGUGGGUCAGGGCAGGGUCUCUAUUCUUAACACAGAGUGGUUUUUGUUUGUAUAGCUGGGCGUCCUGCUCAUGCCUGUAACCUCAGCACUCACAGAGACCCGGCUGCUUCUCCCUCCCUCUGCCUCCCAAGGGCUGGGAUCAAAAGUGUGUGCCCCCACUGCCUGGCUGAGAUACCUGUCUCAAAGAGAAAAGAAAGGGCCGAGACUAUAGUUCAGGAAGAGCCCUUGCCUGUCAUUUUAUGAGGUCCUAGGUUCAAUCCCCAGGACUGCAAAAAACAAAAUUUUUUUAAAAAUUUAAACAGCAUGUGAUAGUACAUGUCUGUAAUCUCAGAACUAGGAGAGGGAGGCAAGAGGUCGGAAGUUGAGGGCCAUCCUUGGUUAUUGAUUAAGUUUGAGGCCAGCUCACACCCCGUCUCCCCAAAGGGGUAAAGGUAUCUAAAAUCAGGGAAAGGCUAUGUAGACUUGCUUGCUUUGUUGCAAAUUAGAAGAAACCAGAGGGACAUGUGCCAGGCAAACAUCUGAAUGACUGUCGAGAAUAUGGUUUCCUAAUUAGUGGUCAUGAAGAAAAUGGGCAUUUUAACCUGGAAGAGGCUUGACAGUUAACCGGUUCUGUUUACCUUGAUUAGUGGAAUAAUUGUUGCAGUGUUCCAGAGGUGUAGAAUCAUUUUUGGCUGAAAAUAUAAUUCUCUAAAUCAAAGUUAAAAAACAGACUAGACUGUUAGAGGUUUAUAGGCCAAAAUAACUGUUUUGAAAUGAAUCUUGGCUGCUGCCACUUUGACUAGGUCUGCUCUGUGGAUCCGAGCAUCGGGGAUUAUUCUAGUGCCUUGAGAGUGUCUGGAAAUACAGUGGAGGAGGCUGUGUGCAGCUGAGGAUGGGGAGCUGUGUCUGCUCCUGAUGCUGGCUCUCCUGAGAUUCCUGGGGAGUGGGGUGCUAGCAGUAAGCUCUAGUGUGUGGCAUUCUAGAGCCUUGGCUAACUGGAGGGAACAAGCUUCUUUUUAGAUGGCUUCUGUUUACAUUCUUGGAGCAUAUGUUGAUUUUAAUUCCUUCCUCCUUUUAAGGGGAUGAGGAUUAACUCUGCAGAGGGUAUCCAUGCCUAAGCACCUCAUCACCUUGGUAGUUACUGUGGGGAUGGGAUCUGUCCAUCUAGUCCUCCCUUCCGAGCAGAGCUACUUUAGGGGGCCUGUUUUGUUGCUCCGAGUUGUUUUUGAACAUGACGUCUCUGUUUAUCAUCUCAAAAAGGAAGUAGGCUUUGCAUUUCCGUUACACCGCUAUGAGGGUGAGAGGGUGAGGGAGAGGAUGCUCAGUCAGUUAGAAAUGGAGUGUGGAGAGCCAGGCUCAGGACACGGGAAGUCCCAGCUCGGGGGAGGUUGGAGCAGGAGGUUCAAGAGUGAGAGGCCACACUGGGCUCCGUAACAACACCGUCCCCAAAGAUGGGGUGGACAGAUGGCUCAGUGGAUAAGAACUCUUGUGAUAAGCGAGCACGAGGGCCCAAAUUCAGAUCCCAGCACCCACUCCGACAAGCCUGGCCCCUGGGCACCUGUGACCCUAACCCUCUAGCAGGCCGGACGGAGAUCACUGGGGUUUGCUGGCUGCCAGUCUCUCCGAAAGGUGAAUUUCAGGUUCAGGUCCCAAAGGAGUACCGCAGAAAGCAGUGGAGGAGGAGACCCACCUUCUCUCCUACCCUCCGCACGUGCACGCGCACGCACCCACCCAGAGAGUAAGUAAGUAGAAAUUAAAUCCACCAAUGCCAUUUCAUGACUUCAGAUAGCCUUCUAAGCCAGCCUUCUUCGUUGCUUUUUUAAGACAGGGCCUCACUCUGUUGCCCAGGUUGGCUUCAGACUCAGGGCAGACCCCCUGCCUCAGCCUCUUGAGUGCUGAGACUCUAGGUGUGAGCUCCACAUCUGGCUUGGUUCAGUUGAAAAGAUAUACCAUGGCUCUUGUGGGUCAAGAGGGCCCAGCUGAUUUCUAAGGCUGGACACAUGAGAAUCGAGUGGCAGAUGAGCCAUUUGGGGCUGGAGCUCAGCAGAGGGACGGACGCCAGGCUUAGGACUACAGGAAAGCUGCUACAGGAAUCCCAGUGUUAAUUCAGGGAGAUGAACCCUACAUUUGCAUCUUGAUUGUAAGUCUUUCCCCAAAAAAAGAGAAAGAAAGAACGUUACAACUUCUGCUCUUCCUGGCUUCGGGGAAAUUCAUGACAACUGUAUAAAUGUGCCUUCCCUCGCUGCCUAUCAUUGUAAUGCCAAAGCAGAGCCCUCAUGGCUAACGUAGGGAAAGUGGCCUUAGGGGUUCUGCUCUGAACUCUGUGCCUUAAGAAGACGCUCUUUCUCUGUCAGAUGUGUAUUGGCUUUGGUUCUGUUUUUCUCUAGACAUAAUCUUACUAUGUAGCUCUGGCUGGCGUGGAACUUGCUAUGUAGACCAGGCUAGCUUCGAACUUAUAGAGAUCCACCUGCCUCUGCCUCCUGAGUGCCAGGAUUAAAGGCACCUGGCAACAGAUAGUUUUUAUAUCCCUUUGCUGGGUGCAUAUCAGUGUACAUGUAUGUAAAUAAAUAAUGGAUCUUUCCCAGUUUUCUCUUUGAGGUUCAUCUCUAAAUUAUCUGGGAUAACCUGGAUGCUUAUUAAGUACACAGAUAGGGUUUCUUUGAAUCCCCUUGAUCCAAGGAAACACUGAAUAAGGAGAAAUAGAGAGUUGAGGCCCAAGGAGCUGGUCCAUGCUCACGGGGAAGCAAGCAGAUGAGUGCAGACACCACGUCAGUGCACAGUGACCAGGAGCAAAGUGAGCUGCCCCUCCGUGACCCAGUCAGUGCCUUUUCCUCCCGUUGAAGCUGCCGUGACGCUUAGAACAGCCCUGAGAUGACCGUGGGGAAGCACAUGUUUAGUCCCAGGACUCAGGAGGUGGAGGCGGAUGGAUCUCUGUGAGUUCCAGGCCAGCCUGGGCUGCAGAGUUAGGCUUCUGGCAGGAAAGAGCCCAGGUGCGGGGUUGUGGAAACUGGCCCUCUGGACCCCUGCGUCCCAGCCCAGGGUCCCACCAUGGAGAAAGAGCUCACUCUGAGAAAGCUUGCUCACGGGGCUGUCUCCUCACAUCUGCCUCCUCAGGGCUAGAAGAGUUGAGAGAGGCACGUGGGGCACGCUUGUCACAAGUCUGACAAAGAGCAGGAGUCACUUCUUGUCCCAAUUUCUUGGAUACUGGCCCUGCUGUCCUCUACUCGUGCAGCUGGAUAAAGUUCCUGUCAAGGCCACCACUAUGCACUUUAUGCUCUUCCUCCUGGUUUGUUUUGCUUCUUUGAAACAGGGUCUCUUUCUGGCCCAGGCUGACCUAGAACUUACUGUGUAACCCAGCUAGCCUCAGACUCACAGCAAUCCUUCUUCCUUGGUCUGCUGUGUCCUGGGAUUACACACGAGUCACCAUGGCAGACCAGCUAACUCCAUCUUAUGUGGUACCUCUACUCCUUCAAGUUCAGACUAUUUCCUGUCACUUUACCUAACAGGAGACCAAAAGCAAGGAGGACAGCCAUUAGAAGGAAGUAGCUCUGACCCUCUGGUGCUGGCCUUCUUCUAAAGGGUUCACCCUCUCUAGGGCUAGGGAGGAAGAUCUUAAACUCUGGAGUGGUAGUUUGGCUUGUUAGGAGCAGGGAACCGUGAUCCUUGUCUUCCCUGCCCCUCCCCCACUGUGUGGGUUUCUGCUGUCCCACAGCUCCUGUCUUAGGAAGGUUUCGCCAGGCACUGGAACAUAAUUAGUCGGUCAUCACUAACCUAUGGGACUCCUCUUUUCCUCCUCUCCUCCUUCCCAACCACAUGUUGUCUUCUGAGAUGAUGUGUUGCUGAGAAUUAACUAGGUCAUACUCUGUCGUGUUCCCACUUGGUUUCUGACGACUUCCAAUGUUAACUGUUACAGUAGCAGCUCUGCUCCCUGGCCAUGCCCAGUGUGUCCUUCUGCCAAGGCCAUGCAGAGGCGGGUGCCCGACCGUGUCCUCUCGUUUCUCAAGUUGUCCGGCAGCUUUAUGUACAGUAAAAUUUUAGGGAAACAAAUUUUCUUUUUUACUUCGGAUAAAAUAGUCCAUUCUGAUGAGCAAGCUUGUGUGUACAUGUGUGUGGGUGAGCAUUUGUGUACAUAUACCUAUACAGAUCUAUAUUAUAUAUACAGUUUUGUACUAUCAUUUAAAAUAAAGACAUUUCUUAAUAAAACGUU